AACCAUCAUGGAUACUAUAUGGAAUACUCUGAUGUUAGAGCAGGGCCGUCCCGGACUGUCACUCCACAUUCUCAUCUCCUAAAGGUCAGUUAGCGAUUAGCUUUAGGCCACGCGAUGCGCGCCGGGGUUCCGUUGCCGACCACCCCAUGUCUCUUCCUAUCCAUAUCUCUACAGUUAGCAAAGGAUAGGAUGUAGGCCCACAAUACGGCAAGUAACAAUAUGCCUCAGAAAUAUAGAAACGUGUCUAAACAAACCAGAUUUAUCGCGAGAUGGAUGUGUCCAAUAUAGGCUAGUUGUUUUUUAUGCUGAGUUAGCUGUUAACAUGUUUUGUGCACAUAGGCUAGGCCUAAAUAUUGCACCUUCUAAUAGCUUUUUAUUUUGUAAAGGUCUUAUCAUAUAUAUAUAUAUAUUUUUUUAAGCAUUAAUUUCCUUUCCUUUCCGUUUGGAGGCGACUAUGGAUUUGGGUCCCUUCAUGCAAAACUGAUUUUUUUUUAUACCACCGGCGAGCUUUUUCAAUGAAAUGUGACGAUGUCGAUGAGAUGACGUGGAGUUUAAGGUUUGGUAAAUCUGGGAGGUUCCAUAAGGUCUCUGUUAUCCAAUCAAGCCAAGGUGAAACGAUUGAAUCCAGUGUUUUUCCAACAGGAUUCUUAGACGAUCUGUUUUUCCUGGGCACUAUACGUCGAGGAUGGUUUGACGUCAGUCAGCAUUCACACAUUGAGAAAAUAUCCUUUAUUUUAAAAAUCCUUCCUACCUUCACUGAUGUCAGACCUACAUAUUGUUUUGUGGCAGGAUUUGAUAAUGUCAAGAAUGUCAAUGUCAUUUAAUUGGAAAUGUAGGCAUUGUUAUCAUGGCUUCAAUCCAAACACAAAGAGGGGAUGUAAAUUAGCCUAAAAUAAAUGGAUUUCAACUCGAAAGUUACGAUGCAGGCCUAUAAUUCGUACCGAGGGCCAAAAGAAGUAGGGCACCUGCCCCUUAAUGUGGAGGACGUCCCCUAGCCGGAGAAUAAUAACACAAUUUAACCACCCUCGUAAACCUGAACAUAACCUUAAUAACGAAAUAAUUCACCACAAUGCACGAAGAAACAUGUUUUUUCGAUCAACUGAUUGACUCGUUUUAUAGAGGACAUUGUUUUGGCCCGAAUGAGUCAUUUUCACAUUUGUGUACGUUGUGCAUCAGGCCCAAAAAUGUGCAUAGCCUACCGUAUCAUUUGAAUAUGUGGACAUAGGGCUAAGUGCUUAUAUGGUACUUUUAUGCAUGAUAAAGACAUUAUUUCGUUUCUAUAAAUAUCCCCUCGGGCUGAUAAGGAAUAUAGCUUUGUGCUCGAGUUUGAAAUCAUUUUUAUGAGGAGGAAAAAACAGAACAGUGACAAUGGUCAUCAUAAAAUGGUUCCGAGUGUUAGAUUUUGUUCUGUGUCAGUGUGGAUUUACAGCCCAUAAUAGUUGUCAGGUCCUAUCAAUCAGUAAAGAAACACGCCCUGUGGAUGAAGGAAGAUUAACGAGAACCAUGUCAACCGGUAGCUUUUUCGAGGCCGCUGCUCUCGUGAGAUAAUAAGUGCCCAAUGUGCCAACCGAGAUUAGCCGAACACAUUUUAAUGGAGCUCUGAAACAGAGAUAGAGUUUGAGAGAGCCUUCUCUCUGUCAUUCGAUAUUGCAAAAACAUUUUUUAUAUCAUAUUUUCAUAGAAUAAUCUACUGAAAACUGCAUGAUGUGAAAAUAAGUGUUUAAAUCCUUCCAUAAUUAUUAAGCCUAAAAUAACCCUCUCUGGUGGUAGCCUGCUAGGCUAUGGGGUUUUCUCUCUAUUUGUUUUCUAAGAUCAAUGGGCUAUUAACAGACACGGACUUUCAUUAACAAUAGACUAACCUAUCCAGAGGCCGUAAAAUAUCUACAUCCUUCAUUAACUCCACUCCAUAAUGUCUGCUCUAUGAGUCGGUAAUGACAUGGACGCUGCACCGGGCCCUCCACACAGUCCCUGCACGCUCAGGCGUGAAAAGUCCGGGGGGACAGGAGGACAUUCACCGCUGGAAUAAAUUGGGGUUCCUGCAGAAGAACAACAGUCUCGGGGAGGAAGGCCGGCUCGCAGGCUCACUCUCAGAACGCCAGAAGAACCUGUAUUCCUGUGACAACAGCGACCGGGAUGCCCGUUUCCGUCGCACUGAGACCGAUUUUUCCAACAUGUUCGCGAGAGAUUUACUUCCCGCCAAAAACGGAGAAGAGGCGACUAUGCAGUUCUUGUUGGAACUUGUGGGCAUCCUCACCAACUACGUCAGGAAGACGUUUGACCGUUCCACCAAGGUUCUGGACUUCCACCACCCUCACCAGCUGCUCGAGGGCAUGGAGGGAUUCAACCUCGAGCUCUCUGACCAGCCAGAGUCCCUCGAGCAGAUCCUCGUGGACUGCAGGGACACGCUCAAGUACGGCGUGCGAACAGGUCAUCCACGGUUCUUCAACCAGCUGUCUACGGGGCUGGACAUCAUUGGGCUGGCUGGGGAGUGGCUCACCUCCACAGCCAACACCAACAUGUUCACCUAUGAGAUCGCUCCAGUGUUUGUCCUGAUGGAGCAGCUGACGUUGAAGAAGAUGAGAGAGAUGAUUGGCUGGCCCUCGGGAGAGGGGGACGGCAUAUUCUCACCAGGGGGCGCCAUCUCUAACAUGUACAGUGUGAUGAUUGCUCGCUACAAGUACUUCCCAGAGGUCAAGACCAAGGGCAUGUCUGCCGCUCCCCGCCUGGUGCUCUUCACAUCAGAACAUAGCCACUACUCUAUCAAGAAGGCCGGGGCAGCUCUGGGCUUUGGUUCUGAGAACGUGGUCCUGUUGAGCACAGAUGAGAGGGGGAGAGUUAUUCCUGCUGAUCUAGAAGCUAAGAUCCUUGAUGUCAAGCAGAAGGGUUACCAUCCUCUGUUUGUGAAUGCUACAGCUGGUUCUACAGUCUACGGAGCAUUUGACCCCAUCAAUGAGAUCGCUGACAUCUGUGAAAAAUACGACAUGUGGCUGCACGUAGACGGUGCAUGGGGAGGUGGUCUUCUGAUGUCCAGGAAGCAUCGCCAUAAGUUCAGCGGAGUAGAGAGGGCUAACUCUGUCACAUGGAAUCCUCACAAGAUGAUGGGAGUGCCUCUACAGUGCUCCGCCAUCCUAGUCAGAGAAAAGGGUAUUCUGGCAGGCUGUAACUCGAUGUGUGCUGGGUACCUGUUCCAGCCCGAUAAACAGUAUGAUGUCAGCUAUGACACGGGAGACAAGGCCAUCCAGUGUGGCCGACACGUUGACAUCUUCAAGUUCUGGCUCAUGUGGAAGGCCAAGGGCACUAUAGGGUUUGAGCAGCACAUUGACAAGUGUCUGGACCUGUCUCAGUACCUCUACGACAAGAUCAGAAACAGACAGGGAUACGAGAUGGUGUUCCAGGGAGUGCCCCAGCACACCAACGUGUGUUUCUGGUACAUCCCACCCAGUCUGAGAGGCUUGGAACACAACAGUGUGGAGUAUCGAGAAAAACUUCACAAGGUGGCACCCAAGAUCAAGGCAAUGAUGAUGGAGUCAGGGACGACCAUGGUGGGCUACCAGCCUCAGGGCCAGAAGGUCAAUUUCUUCCGCAUGGUCGUCUCCAACCCCGCAGCCCUCCAGUCAGACAUCGACUUCCUCAUUGACGAAAUCGAGAGGCUGGGGCAUGACCUGUAAACAGUGCCUCCCCAGUGGGCAGAGGCCAAAAUUGUAGUUUUCAAUGUUUUACCUGUGACCAUAAGAAUCGGCUCUGAGAUAAAAGAUGCUCUUGAUUUGUCCUAAACAAUUCUCUCCAUAGGUAGAAUGUGUAAACCAGAGCCUUCAAUGUGGUGGGUACACACUGCGAUACUACUUUUUUACUAACGUGUGUAGAGUCCUGUGUUGUGUGUUUGUGUUCUAGUCCCUCAGUCAUCCAGUAGUCAUCUGUCUAUCUGUGUUGUACAGAAGAUUCAUAAGAGGAACCAUGGUAACGUAACACAGGGAAACCAUCUACAUCAGUGUGUGUGUGUGUGUGUGUGUGUGUGUGUGUGUGUGUGUGUGUGUGUGUGUGUGUGUGUGUGUGUGUGUGUGUGUGUGUGUGUGUGUGUGUGUGUGUGUGUGUGUGUGUGUAAAUACAAAGAAAUGCUUGAGAGCACAAAUAGUAUAGUGUACACAUGUUGCCCCCAGAACAGCCUCAAUUCGUCGGGGAAUGGACUCCACAAGGUGUCAAAUGUUCCACAGGGAUGCUGACCCAUGUUGACCAAUGCUUCCCACAGUUGUCAAGUUGGCUGGAUGUCUUUUGGGUGGUGGACCAUUCUUGAUACACACAGGAAACUAUUGAGUGUGAAAAACCCAACAGCUUUUGCAGUUCUUGACACAAACAGGUGUGCCUAGCACCUACUACCAUACCCUGUUCAAAGGCACCUACAUCUUUAGUCUUACCCAUUCACCCUCUGAAUGGCACACAUACGCAAUCCAUGUCUCAAUUGUCUCAAAGCUUAAAAAUCCUUAUUUAACCUGUCUCCUCCUCUUCAUCUACACUGAUAGAAGUGAAUUUAACAAGUGACAUCAAUAAGGGAUCAUAGAUUCACCUGGAUUCAGCUGGUCAGUCUAUGUAAUGGAAAGAGCAGGUGUUCUUAAUGUUUUGUACACUCAGUGUAUUGUGAUAUUGUGAUAUAUGAGAUACUUAAUUUGAGCUCAGUGUAUAUAUAGGAUCAUUCUAGAGCCAGAUGUACCAACUCAAAGUGUUAAACCUUGAACUCCAGUGUGUGUUUUGUGGAGGUGUGUGUGUGUGUAACAGUGUGUGUACCCUGUGCUGUAACCUAAUGCUGUAUUGACCUUUGAACUAUGACCUUAGUGUUAACUGUCAGAUGACGUUGCCCCUGUAUACUGAUCUAGGGUCACUGUUAUGUUUUUCUCCCUUAUGGUUAAUAUUAGGGUUUGGGGGGAGGGAGAGCUGAUCCUAGAUAUUUGUCUAAAAGCGACUUCUACUUGCAGCGUGUAGAAAACGAUCUCCUUGCGUGUGUGAAACAAGCAUACAGUAUGGGUCAGUGCUAUCCGGGUUCAUUGGGACGUCCCUACCCUAAACCCUAACCUUAACCAUAACCCUUACCCAAUCCUUAACCUUUACUUAACCAUUUCAAAGUUCUACUUCAAUGGGGUAAGGACGUUCCAAGUAUCCCGGAUAGCAAUGACCAAACAGUAUGUGACCAUUUUUGAAAAUGUUUAAAUAUUAACACAAUAAUGAUAUAUAUAAAUAUGCUUAAUUUAUAGCAUUACGAGUGUUUUAAAAGUCAGGUAUUUUCUUCCAUUUGUAUGAGUAUCGUUGAUUGAUAUUCUAUAGCCUCUAUGUAAUCUGUAGAUUCUAAUAAUAAUUAAUCAAUUAUAUUAUAGUGAAUUUGUGAGCCAAAGAAAGUGAAUAUUUUGCAGUGAUCAGAUUGUCUGUAUGAUACGUAACUAUUAUGAGAUUAUAAAGAAAUAGAUCUUGUCUGACAGGAAUAUAAUUACAUGAAUGUAAUAUACUAACUUACACUGUCUGUAUUAUAUACCUUCAGCGUUUUGGGAACUCAUUGGUAAAUCAAAGAGCUUCAGUUCGUGUCUUUGCACACUACUAUCCUUUUUUAUUUAUUUAAUUUCAAAUAGAUGUGUAUUGCAGUAAGUUAAGAAUUAUGUCAUUAUAAAUAUAUCUUUAUGGUAUCUUUUUAUGGGACCAGCUAAGUAAACUGCACAAUGACAUAAAUCAUGUGACCAAUUUGGAUGUGUAUGAAGCCGUAGUGGGAGGUUUGUCCUUAGGAAGGUACAGGAGGCACUUUAACUCACAAUCAUGCAAUGUUGCAGCUACAAUAAAGUCUGUCUGUUGUUUCAA